GCAUAUUUCGUUCCCUCGCUCAUGCUCACGCGUUGUUUCCUUGUUCCCUCCGCUUCGAACGCUCUUCCUCUGCGAAACCCUAACCCUAGGAGGAAAAGGGCGAACGUGUAGCACAAUGGAACCCGACGAUCUCGAAGACGACGAUUCUCCUCACCGAUCCAAAGAUAGUGCGAUUUGUCCAGUUCGAGGAAUGGAAUCUGUCAUUGCCACAGUAAGCGGUUAUCAUGGCACUGAGAGGUUUAAGCUCAUCAAGCUUAUAGCGCAAGUCGGUGCUAAUUACGUUGGGGCCAUGUCGAGAUCUACGACACAUCUAGUGUGUUGGCAAUUUGAAGGAAAGAAGUAUAACAUAGCAAGGAGAAUCGGAGCUCAUAUAGUAAGUCACCGUUGGCUUGAGGAUUGCUUGAAAGAAGGGAAGCGGAUUUCAGAGGGUCCUUAUGCCAAGAAGAGCGGGAAGGAAGCAGGACCAAUAUCAUGGGAGCUGCCUAUUUUUCCGGACACUCAUCAAAAGAAAAGAUGCAUUGUAAACAGAGAGUGGGAUGCCUUUCCUGCUUUUUCUAGUUCUCCAGAUUGCUUAAAAGAGGGCAAAGUUGAUGCAACAAGGCCUGAAAAUGGGUGUUUGAAAUGGUCUGAUUCCCAUUUAUUAAAAGAACUGUGCGAGUGGCCAGGGGGGUCUUCUUUAUGUUCAUCAGGGAAGAAGAGGAAUUUGUCAAAUGUCGUUCGGAAUGAUGCUGGUGGAGAAUCAGCUAGGAGAAGCCGUCGCCUGAUGAAGAAGACCAUAGAUGACCAUAAUAAGCAUUCUCUGAUAGUAAGCUCUGAUGAACUUGAAAUAGUAUAUCCUAAAUCUGUUAAUUUACACACGUCGAGAAGUACAUCUUCAUCGUCAUCUCAACCAGUAAAUUUGGCAACAAAGUCUGAUAAUGAGGAAAGGGGGACACAAGUAAUUGAACAGGUUGAGAAGAGAUUUCUGAGAAAGAGCCCUAUAUGGGGUGACUCAGAGAGUUCAAAGAGUUUGGUAUUUGAUGCAUCAUCCCCACAUGAAACAAAUUUACAGAAUGAUCACUGUAAACAUAGUGGGGAAAGUAGUUCUUGUGACUUCGUAGUGGAUAAUGAUGGUGCAAGCGAAGAAGGAGGUGAACUAGAUGAAUCAGCUAUCAUGCAAAGACAAGCAGAGCUCUCAUGUGUUAUAUGCUGGACAGAUUACUCUUCGACAAGGGGUGUCUUAGCCUGUGGGCACCGAUUCUGUUACUCUUGCAUUCUAGGAUGGGCCGAUUGCUUGGCUUCUAGAGGUAAGAUCUCAACAUGCCCUCUUUGCAAAGCCACUUUCAAUAAAAUUAGUAAGAUGGAUGAGGCUGGUUCUCUGGAUCAAAAGAUUUAUUCACAGACCAUUCCUUGUAGUUCUUCAAACAUUGAUAUAUUCAUGCUAGCUGGGAAAGAAAACGACAAUUUCAGAACCUGGUCUGCAGAUUCUGUUUGUUAUGAAUGCCACAAUCGCGAGCCUGAGGAUCUUCUAGUAAGCUGCCAUAUUUGCCAGUCGCAAUGGGUGCAUUCCUGCUGUCUAGACCCUCCGUUGGUUCCGUGGACGUGCAUUCACUGCCGCGAUCUCCGAAUGCUGUAUCAACGUUUCCGCUAGCUUGGAGAUUUGUGCAUCUAAUUCGAUAAAUUCCUGUCCUAGGCUGCAGGUGUGUGUUGAAACUUCUAACACCUGACAGCUGCUGAUAUGGGGUUGAAAAUAUGAAGAACGAAAUGGAUGAAAAACGUAAAUACUUCGACUUACUGUUUUUGUUGACGUUUCUGACGCAACGGGGAAAAGGGUGGUCAUGCAAUUACUUCCAGGGUGUCUGUCAAAAUUACAAGGUGUAUUUUCCAAAUCUUUCAGCCCAUGUGAACUGUAACCUGCUACUCGUGGAAAACUCGUACAAUUUCA